CUUGGAAAGUCAACAACGACGGCACACAACCAACCUUCUUCCUUUCUUCUUAAUAAUAACAGAAAAACCAAACCAUCAUUCAUAUCUCAUUCUUCCACACUUCUUCUUCUUCUCAGAUCAAUUUGACCUAACCGAUCAUUUCAAUGGCUACAAAAAACGUUUUACUCACAGUCAACGGCGACGAAGUUUCUCGAAACAUCGCAUAUCAUCUAGCAAAACGCGGAUGCAGGUUAGUAUUAAUGGGAGACCAGAAGGUUGUUAAGGAGGUUGCGGACUGGAUAACCGGUGAUCUGAAGGGAGUUAGGGUUGAAAUUGUUGGUGUGGAUAUGGAAGAUGAGAGAGAAGCGGUUUUUGAUGAAGCUGUGGAGAAAAGUUGGAGUGUGUUGGGGAAAGUAGAUGCGUUGGUUAAUUGUUAUACUUAUGAAGGAAAGAAUCAAGACCCAUUGCACAUGUCUGAAGCUGAGUUCUUGAAGACAGUUCGAAUAAACUUCAUGGCUGCUUGGUAUUUGAUGAAAGCUGUUGCAAAGAGAAUGAGGGAUAACAAAACAGGCGGAUCCGUUGUAUUUAUGACCUCAAUAAUCGGUGCCGAAAGAGGGAUAUACCCAGGGGCAGCUGCAUAUGGUGCAUGUUUAGGUGGAGUUCAUCAGUUAGUAAGGACAGCAGCUCUGGAGAUUGGUAAGCACCAAAUCAGGGUUAACGCAAUCGCGCGUGGGUUGCAUAUAGAUGACGAAUUUCCAGUAUCAGUGGGGAAGGACCGGGCACAAAAACUGGUCAAAGAUGCAGCCCCGUUAAACAGAUGGCUGGACCCCAAAAAUGACCUGGCUUCAACCGUUAUCUACUUGGUUAGCGAUGACUCGCGCUACAUGACUGGGACCACAAUCUAUGUUGAUGGUGCGCAGUCUGUUGUAAGGCCCCGCAUGCGCGCUUACAUGUGAAACCUGUUACAUUGUUAUACAUGUUCGGGUUCGUCGUCUGCCAUAUUAUCGACUGAUAUGUAGACGUUCUUGUGGUAAGAGUGAAAAUAGAACCAUUAUAAUGAGGUUUUAAUUAUUAAGAAUGGAAUGAAGUCUAUGUUACUUAUGUUGAGUAAAAUCAUUUUACUGUUGUUAAAUGAACAAAAAACUGUUAGUAUUUAUCAACACAUGGCUUCAGUUCUGGCCAUUUCGACCUA